GAGAGGGGUGCGGAAGAAAAGGCAGGGUUGGGGCAGAGGAAGUUGAAGGGGUAUUGUGGAGACGAUAAGUGGAGGAUGAAGAGGUCCCUGACACAGCUCCCCAUGGCUGCCACAUGUGUCCCUCACUGCCUGUUGCUGCUGGGGGCUAUUCACACAGCGGCUGGCGGGACCUCACUGACUGUGGGUCAAAACCCUCGGGUCGCCACAGUGAGCAGAGGCGGAGAAGUUACCAUUUACUGCUUUUGGCCACUCUAUAAAGAUCAGAAACCAGCAAAGGUGGACUGGUGGCGAGAAGGAGAAAAUCGUUCCCUGGAGGACGGCAGAGAUGGAAGGAUCCAGAUUUAUUUCCUAAACAGAGCAAGUUGUGCAUUGCAGCUGUUCUCAGCCAGACUGCAGGACGCGGGAGUGUACCGCUGCCGAGUGAGACACAGAAGCGGAGCGCAGGGCCCUGGCACACGGCUGCUGGUGUUCGUGCCCCCGACCCCCCUGGAGAUGGUGGUCUCACGGUCCGGGAGCGGAGCUGCGGCUUCUCUGACCCUCGUGUGUAAAACGGCGGCCUUUUACCCGGAGGAUGUGAAUAUCACUUGGUGUAAAAAUGGAUCAGAAAUUGUAAGUGGAACAAAUACAAACAGGAACCUCGCGGGGCUGUAUGAAGCUUCCAGUUUAUUGAUCGAGACAGAGGCGGUGCAGAGCGGAGCUGUUUAUACCUGUCACGUAUCUCACCUGUCCCUCCCCACUGCCGCCAACAUCAGCUACACUGUCCCUGGCACUGAGACAGCUACCGAAGGGAAUAUUCAGGGCGAACAGCAGGUAUACGCUUUAUCGUACUGCACAAUUUAA